UUCAACCUGAUUGGUGAGCGAAAGUCACGUGAUUUGAUCGCGGGACGCCAACAGCGCCAGCCUCAUUUGGCGGGAUUUUGCUUAGAUUGGCGUCGUCUGUGGUCGUUUGUGCUGUGUGCUUGUCUCGUCUGUACGCAAUUGUGAAGCUUCAUUUAGCAUAAUGGCUGGUGGUAAAGCGGGCAAAGACUCGGGAAAAGCAAAGGCAAAAGCGGUGUCUCGUUCAGCAAGGGCCGGCUUGCAGUUCCCCGUUGGUAGGAUUCAUAGGCAUUUGAAAAACAGGACUACUAGUCAUGGACGAGUCGGUGCAACAGCCGCUGUUUAUAGUGCAGCUAUUUUGGAAUAUCUCACAGCUGAGGUAUUGGAAUUGGCGGGAAACGCAUCCAAAGACUUGAAAGUCAAACGUAUCACACCAAGACAUUUGCAACUUGCAAUUCGUGGUGACGAAGAAUUGGACAGUCUCAUUAAGGCUACUAUUGCAGGAGGAGGUGUUAUUCCUCACAUUCACAAGUCGCUUAUUGGUAAGAAGGGCUCUCAAAAACCGGCAUAAUUUAUUAACAAUCUCAAGAUGAAAGUUUCAAUAUUAAGUAGGUGGAAAAUAAUAUCAAAGCGACAGUGGUGUCAACAAAGUUGUAAAAUACUAUUAUCUUGGUUUAAAUAAUUUUUUUGUAAGAUUUAAAUAUAAUCUUUUUUAUUCAAUGA